GGGAAUCGCAGGCCUGGCUGCUGCUGGAAGAGGCUCUGGGCUGUCGGUGGGUUUGGGACUAAGCGCAGGAAGCGGCUUCGCACGCUGCGAGGAGCCCGGGGUGGCCAGGCGGCGUGGGGAGCCGGGUAAGUUGCUGAAACUGAAAGGAUUAGAGGAGCCAGUACUUUAAUUUUGCAUGGAGCUUUUGGAAAAUUACUGCAAUGCUGUAAAUCAGAACCUCAGUUAAGUUCGGUAGCUGUAGUGGGAGGGAAGUGGAAGAAUCCAGUGACAGCCACCAGAGUUUUAGAAAAUGCAGAGUUUGAUGCUUUUCUGUAGAAGAGGAUAUAUUUAAACCCACAUUUGUCUGAAGGAUCAGGGUUUAUCCUAAAUAUCACGGUUUAACAUCCCAAAAAGUAUAAGAGGCAGACGUACAAAUGUCUACCACAAGACUAAAGUGUGACAUGUUAUGUUCUUUACCAUAAGGACCCAUAAAAUGAGCUCCAUUACAGACAGAGAUGAUGGUAGUAUUUUUGAUGGUCUGGUGGAAGAAGAUGACAAGGAUAAAGCAAAAAGAGUGUCUAGAAACAAGUCUGAAAAGAAACGUAGAGAUCAGUUUAAUGUUCUCAUCAAAGAGCUUGGUUCCAUGCUUCCGGGUAAUGUUCGGAAGAUGGAUAAAUCCACUGUACUGCAGAAAAGCAUUGACUUUUUACGGAAGCACAAAGAAAUCACUGCACAGUCAGAUGCCAGUGAAAUUCGACAGGACUGGAAACCUACAUUCCUUAGUAAUGAAGAGUUCACACAGUUAAUGUUGGAGGCUCUUGAUGGGUUUUUUUUAGCAAUCAUGACAGAUGGAAGUAUAAUAUAUGUGUCUGAAAGUGUAACUCCCUUACUUGAACAUUUGCCAUCUGAUCUUGUGGAUCAGAGUAUAUUUAAUUUUAUCCCAGAGGGGGAACAUUCAGAGGUUUAUAAAAUACUGUCUACUCAUCUGCUGGAAAGUGAUUCAUUGACACAAGAAUAUUUAAAAUCAAAAAAUCAACUAGAAUUCUGUUGCCAUAUGCUGCGAGGAACAAUAGAUCCGAAAGAACCACCUACAUAUGAAUAUGUAAAGUUUAUAGGAAAUUUCAAGUCUUUGAAUAAUGUCCCCAACUCAGCGCACAACGGUUAUGAAGGAACUAUCCAGCGGCCCCCUCGGCCUUCAUAUGAAGACAGAGUUUGCUUUGUAGCUACAGUUAGGUUAGCUACACCUCAGUUUAUUAAGGAAAUGUGCACUGUUGAAGAACCCAAUGAAGAGUUCACAUCGAGACAUAGCUUAGAAUGGAAGUUCCUAUUCUUGGAUCACAGGGCACCUCCAAUAAUAGGCUAUUUACCAUUCGAAGUUUUGGGGACAUCAGGCUAUGAUUACUAUCAUGUAGAUGACCUAGAAAAUCUGGCAAAAUGUCACGAACACUUAAUGCAAUACGGGAAAGGGAAGUCAUGUUAUUACAGGUUCCUGACAAAGGGGCAGCAGUGGAUUUGGCUACAAACACAUUACUAUAUUACUUAUCAUCAGUGGAAUUCCAGGCCAGAGUUUAUUGUCUGUACACACACUGUAGUAAGUUAUGCAGAAGUUCGAGCAGAAAGAAGGCGAGAACUUGGUAUUGAAGAGUCUCUUCCAGAGAUAGCAGCAAAUAAAAAUCAGGACUCCGGAUCUGAUAAUCAUAUAAACACGGUCAGCCUCAAAGAAGCAUUGGAAAGAUUUGAUCACAGUGGUACACCUUCUGCUUCCUCCAGAAGUUCGAGGAAAUCUUCGCAUACUGCAGUCUCAGAUCCUUCAUCAACGCCAACAAAGAUGACAAUGGACACUAGCACUCCUCCAAGACAAAACUUAUCUAGUCAUGAAAAGACUGCACCAAGGAGGUCAUCACUUAGUAGUCAGUCCUUAAACGCCCAGUCUGUUGGACAACCAUUAGCACAGCCAAUGAUGUCUCAACCUGCAACUUUACAGAUCCAGCCAGGCAUGUCCCAGCCUAUGUUCCAGUUUUCAGCCCAAUUGGGAGCCAUGCAGCACCUAAAGGACCAGUUGGAGCAAAGAACACGAAUGAUAGAGGCAAAUAUUCAUCGGCAGCAAGAAGAGUUGCGUAAGAUUCAAGAACAGCUUCAAAUGGUCCAUGGUCAAGGGCUUCAGAUGUUUUUGCAGCAAUCAACUCCUGGAUUAAACUUUGGUUCUGUGCAGCUUACUUCUGGGAACUCUUCUAACAUUCAGCAUCUUACACCAAUAAACAUGCAAGGUCAGGUUGUUCAGGCUAAUCAAAUUCAAGGCGGAAUGAACACUGGGCAUAUUAGUACUCAGCACAUGAUGCAGCAACAGCCUUUGCAGAGUACAGCAACACAGCAUACUCCGCAAAAUAUACUUAGUGGGCACAGUCAACAGACUUCUCUUACCAAUCAGUCACAGAAUACACUUUCAGCCCCCUUAUAUAACACUAUGGUGAUCUCCCAGCCAACGACAGGAAAUGUUGUCCAGAUUCCAUCUAGUUUACCACAAAACAACAACCAGAGUGCUGCAGUAACUACUUUCACCCAGGACAGACAGAUCAGAUUUUCUCAAGGUCAGCAGCUUGUCACAAAAUUAGUCACUGCCCCUGUAGCAUGUGGAGCGGUGAUGGUACCGAGCACUAUGUUUAUGGGGCAGGUGGUGACUGCCUACCCCACUUUUGCUGCACAGCAGCAGCAGCCACAGACAUUAUCAAUAACGCAGCAGCAGCAACAGAGUCAGCAAGAGCAGCAACAGCAACUCAGUACAGUUCAGCAGUCGGCUCACACUCAGCUGACGCAGCACCCGCAGCAGUUCUUACAGACAUCCAGGCUACUUCAUGGAAAUCAAUCAACUCAGCUUAUUCUCUCUGCUGCUUUCCCACUACAACAAAGCACUUUUACUCAAUCACACCACCAGCAGCAUCAAUCUCAACAGCAGCAGCAACUCUCACGACAUAGAACUGACAACAUGAUUGAUCCUUCCAAAGUUCAGCCACAGUAGCACAGGGAUUCACUUCUUCUAGAAGCAAACAGCAGGGAGGGGCUGCUCCAUAAACAGUUGCACUGAUGAUAGUAGAGGUAGAAGUCCAAAGGCUUUAUAAAGUACAGUAUUGAGGUCACGUCUAACUUCUGGGAAUCUGUUUGCAGAAGAAACUACUACAAAAUGUUGUGGAGGUACCUUAGAUACAAACAGCAAAAAGAUAACAGGGACAUGGCCAACUUUUACAGUCUUUUAGUUGUUCCAAUUUCUAUGUUCUAAAGGAUGUGCUACCACGUAGUAACUUGUCCAGAUCAAGGCUCAAACCUCAAUGAACCGAAAAGGGUACUAAAAAUGUUGGUAUCUUCAGCAGUCCUGUAAGUUUGUCAAAUGUGACCAUGGACACACAGUUGCUCACAAUAAUUCUACAAAUACAGUCCAAAAGACAUUUAAUUUUUUUUUUCAGAUGAUUAUGGGACAAGUAAAUAUUUUCAAAAUGUUGUGUGGAAUCAGAUUCUGUAUUGUACAGAUGUUGUAAAAUAAUGUGUAUAUGUCUGGAUAAAAGGAGAGAGAGCAAAAAUAUUUUAUAUGAUGCAUGAAAAUGUAAUCUUGUUGUUUGUAGGUUUGAAUGUUUCCCUAAAUUCUCACACCAUGCUCCGACUAAUAUUUUCCUCUGUUCUACCCUUUUGUUUACAACAUGAUGCAUCAUAAUUUUCACCCUUAAUGUGGGCACAAGUCUCUUGUUUGUGCUUUGUCUGCGAUGUCACAGUUUGUUCAGUGAGGUAUAGUGUGCUGGUUAGUGGAU